AUGGCUGGCGCGAACGGCUAUUGGAUGGAUGACGCAGCGAGCGGCGAAGCUGCGACUAAUGACUGGUAUGCCCAACAGCAAAAUACUUCGAGUAAUGCUGACAUGGGAUGGGGCCAGUUCGACUAUUCGCAGCCUGCGCAGCCUCCACAGCCAAAUAAUUCUAACGGCGGUUAUUAUAAUCAGUACGGCAAUGGCUACGGAGCGCCAAGCAAUGCUGGGAUGUUUAUUCCAGGCCAAGACCAAGCGGCGAUGAACAAUGCAGCGUUAGAAGACUUUGAAAACGAACCGCCGCUGCUCGAGGAGCUGGGCAUCAAUUUUUCCCAUAUCAAGGAAAAAACUAUUGCCGUUCUGAACCCGAUGGGCACGGCGUCGGUGGAUGUCAUUUCGGAUCAGGAUUUGGCCGGGCCGCUUGUAUUUUGCCUGUUAUUCGGAGCUGCACUGAUGCUACACGGAAAGCUGCAGUUCGGCUACAUCUAUGGCAUUGGCGGAUUAGGCUGCGUCGGGAUGUAUGCAUUGAUGAAUCUGAUGGCUGCGGAGCGGAACAUCAGCUUCACCUGCACAGCUUCUGUCCUGGGAUAUUGCCUCUUGCCAAUGGCGAUCUUGAGUUUGAUCACGGCGGUGCUAUCAUUCAAGGGUGCCAUCGGCUACUCGAUCUCAGCGCUUGCUGUGCUUUGGUGCUCUGUGACAGCCUCAAAGCUGUUUGUCAUUGCCUUACAACUUGACCAUCAACGACUCCUCGUCGCCUACCCGUGCGUCUUGCUGUACUCUGUGUUCGCUUUGUUGGCCAUCUUC